GAUACCGCAGUUGCCGAGCAUCUAUGGCCUUAUUUAUGCCACGCUUCUCACCUACCAACGAUGCUUCGCCAUUGAACCGGAAAAUAUUUUGACCUUAAUUUUCUGUUUGUCUGGCGAUUUGCCAAAAUGUUCUACCAGUGACCUCUUAUACAUUCUCCUUUUUUGGAAGCGGCUGAAAUGCUACUGAAGCUUGUCUGCAGCGUCCUGCACGUGAAAUAUGCUUGCGCACUUGUACUUUCUAUGCUGCUAGCCCUUAUAUCGGUAUCUUUCGAGAAAUAUGCCCUGGUUCCUUCAUGGGUAUUGCAUAUGCAUUCUCCCGCUGAUGAUGACACUUUCCUCGAGCGAGGUGGCCUCGGACGGCGGCAUCCUAUACUAACGGUUUCAGUUCCUUCUGAGUGGCAAGCGAAUAUUUCCAUAUCAUCAUUUCUCGCCAUCUGCUCUAUUGCUGACAACGGAUCAGUGGUUAUUAUAUACCAAGUUCCUUUGUUUUCGAAUUCUGCAAAGGCUGAUGGUGAUUCUGUACGCAAGCGGUCCUUGUUACAAGGCAUAUCACCUGUGUCCCACUUUACUUUACCGAACCUAACUGUUAUUGCCAUGGACAUAAAAAAUUUUGAAGGUAAAUUGGUAUGCGUCGUGGUUUCUACUUUCUUCAUUCACGCUGAGGCUGACGUUACAUACUCCAUAUCCCUGUUCGAUGCGAAUGCUCAUAAAAUUUGGGAUAAGUCAGCCCCAGUGUCUCCACCGGCGGUGGAAGACAUACCCACUUCCAUCCACAUUGACGCGCGAUGUGAUGUUUCUUCGAAAAUCUGCGGGGUCGUCUUCAUUAAUCUGCCAUUUCACUCAAACAGCAACGGCUUUUGUUAUUCCACCUUGGCGCUCUCUCUCAAAACCGGCGAACUCCUUUGGCACUUCAAACCCGGUGAAUCUAGCGCCUCUGUCAAGCCGGUCAGCAUCAGUAUCAUGGAAAAGCAUUGGAAAUUGGCCCUACUCGAUCAAUUCAAGUCGCAUUCUCACAUUGAGGAAUCUACUUGGGGGGAAUACCGUGAAAGUCUCAUGGAUGUCUUGCACAUGGCAGUCGUCCGGUCGUUCUCAUUUCUGGAAUUUAUGGUUCCUUGCACUUUCCAACCGUCGUCUACCUGAGCAACGCAGUACCCGUACCAG